CAACAACAUGCUGCAAAUCGCACAGAGCCAGUUCGGCUGCAGCCCGGGAGACGCCGUCUGCUACUGUACCAACCCCAACUUCGGCUUCGGCAUCCGCGACUGUGUCAACGAAGCUUGCAGCCCGGACCAGGCUGCCCGCGUCAUCGCCUUUGGAACCGAAUUCCGCAAUGUAGACGCUCUCGCCUCGUCUUCUGCUCUUGAGUCGGCCACCACCGCCACUAGCAAUGGUCCUGCGACCACAACCGUCGCGACUACAACGGCCGCCUCUGAGACAACGGGCGCCUCUGAGACCUCGUCCGCCACUUCUUCGGCGACGUAAGUGACCAGCCUCCGCGCCCUCCUGUUGCCAAGUUCUAACAGUGUGCAGCUCUGCUACUACUUCUGGUGCCGAGGCAGCGACGUCCAUCACCACCAGCGUCGCGUCGC